CGGGAGAUCUAAUCUAAGUAAUGGUGCACUGAGCUUCGAUUAUUUCACAUUGCAAACGUAGGUUUAGAUAAGAUUAAGUUUUAAUUUAGCUAGAAUUGGUUGAAAUACCAAUUCGGCUUCUGAAUAUAAAAGAUUCAAAGCUGAAGUGAUAUACCAGUGCCGCUUCGACUCCCUGUUGUGUGACCGGUUAUGGCUUGGUGAAAAACAUGAGUUUUUCAUAGUGGUUAGUUUACAAUAGUGAAGAUAAAAUAAAAAAGUAACACUUGUAGUCUUCAGAUUGUUGUGAAAACAGGUUUAUACCAUCUUCUCCAGUAAAAUCAUCGAUCGGAUUGCAAAUGCUUAAAAGAUUGUUUAUCACCAGCCCGACUUCAGUUUGCAAACGUCUCACUGUCGUUAAACGACAUUUUGCGAUAAUAAUGGAAAGGUUGUUUGUUUUGAUUUUUGUGUUAAAUGUAUCUAUAUCAGUUGUAAAUUGUUUUUGCUCAACCGAUGAAAGUAGUAUCGCGACGUAUGAAGAGGUCAAAGAUCUACCAAAUAGGCCAGAUGUGUUGCUGAUAGAUGUACGAGAACCAAAAGAAUUGGAAGAUACAGGACGUAUUCCUACCAGUAUUAAUAUUCCACUUGGAACCCUUCGAGAUGUACUCACAUCGGAAAAAGAAAAGACUGGAUUUCUUGAAAAAUAUGGACGAAAUUUCCCGGGCCUUGAUGAUUCAAUUAUUGUCAGCUGUCGAUCAGGCCGUCGAUCACAGGAAGCCCUAAAUAUAGCAUGCAGUUUAGGAUUCAGAAAGGUAAGAAACUAUAAAGGUUCUUGGCUAGAAUGGGCCGAAAAAGAAGGACUCAAGUCAAGUUAAUAAUUUUUGUUGUGUCAAGUUAUACAAUGUAUUGGAGUGAUCUUUGUAAACACACUCAUUUG